AUGGCUGGUACUAUGAAGAAGGAUCCGUUCGAUGGCCCGCCGCCGCCUUACGACGCAGACAAUGACAGCAUCGCCGCCUUUGCCGCCGUCGGAGGUACAGCCAACUCGGACGGCAAGGACGGCCAAACAACCCCGCGACAGGGCGUCCUGAGCAAGAUGGUUGCUUUCCUCCAGACUACAGCCCUCUGUGGGUCAAGUGCCACUGCCAGCAAGACAGCGACAAACGAACUCUCGGAUUCGAGGAGGCGGUGGAUUGACGUAGGAUCCCAAUCCUACACAGCCCAACUUGACUUGUACGACCUGCUGUCCAUUCGCUCAUGGUCCGGAUCCCUCAACAUCGGCGUCACCCCACAGGCAGCCGACAAGGAGCAUCCCGCACCGGCGGAGAUGAUGAUAGAGAGCCACUCAGGCUCGCUGGACAUCAACAUGGCGGCUUUCGAGGUCCCGAAGCGAGACUACUUCGUCUCUAUUGACUCCCACUCCGGCUCAGUAGGUGGACAUCUCAUCCACGGCCGCAAGACCGCCGUGGUCGCACACUCCGCCAGCAUCUCUCUUCGCUUCACGCUCUCCGGUGCGAGUGAGCACGCCUCGAGCUUGAGCACUGCUACACAAUCCGGCCAGUCGACCGUCACGGUGCUAAACCCAGUCCAUUCUGCCGGAGCAUCUUCUUCCAUUAAGCAGCUGUCAAGCAACCACACCACCAAGUCCGGUAGCCUAGUCCUCCGAUACCCUAGCGAUUGGGAGGGGACCAUCGAAGGCCGCACACACAGCGGAGGGCUGCAGCUCCAGGGCAGAGGGAUUGAGAUCAUUCGACGGGAGCCGCACUAUGUGCUUGCGAAGAAGGGCACAGGCGACAGUAACCUCAACUUCGAGACCUGGAGCGGAAGUGCGAGUGUGUACUUUGAUUGA